GCGAGAGACGCGGUGGUUGCAGCUCGUUACCGGCAGCGAUUGGGCAUUUUGGAAUGGACAGGUGACCUGAGACUGACAUCCUGAAGCUCCCUGCAAAUUAGUUGAGACGCCGUCAAAUCGUCCCAUCUACCCUCCCGUCGAACUGGAUGCCGAUAAAUCCAUUCCUCGCUUUCUUCUUCUCUGCUUGAGAGCUUUUCCCGCUCCCAUUAAGAAAUAAAAAUAAAAAAAUAAAAAAAUAAAAAAAUAAGAAGAAGAAGAAGAAGAAGAAGAAGAAGAAGAGGAGGAAGAGGAAGAGGAAGAAGAAGAGGAAAGAAAGAAAGACAAAGACCACACGAUGCCCCGGAAGGCGAUAGACUCGCGUAUCCCGGCCCUGAUCCGAAAUGGCGUGCAGGAGAAGAAGAGAAGCUUCUUCGUGGUAGUGGGAGAUCGCGCCAAAGAUGUCAUCGUCCACCUCCACUACAUAAUGUCCAGCGUCGAUGUUAAGCAGAACAAAUCGGUACUCUGGGCGUACAAGAAGGAUCUGUUGGGCUUCACAAGUCACCGGAAGAAGCGCGAAGCCAAGAUCAAGAAGGAAAUCAAGCGAGGCAUCCGUGACCCCAACACCGAAGACCCGUUCGAACUCUUCGUCACCCUGAAUCAGAUUCGCUAUGUUUACUACAAAGAGACAGACAAGAUUCUCGGAAACACCUACGGCAUGUGUAUACUACAGGAUUUCGAAGCCCUUACGCCCAAUCUGCUUGCGCGAACAAUCGAGACGGUCGAAGGUGGAGGGCUUGUGGUGUUGCUUUUAAAGGGGAUGAAAAGCUUGAAGCAGCUAUACACAUUGUCAAUGGACAUCCACUCGAGAUACCGAACAGAAGCACACGAUGAUGUAGUGGCACGGUUCAACGAGCGUUUCAUUCUGUCCCUUGGAAGCUGCAAUUCAUGUCUCGUGGUGGACGAUGAGCUCAACGUUCUGCCGAUUUCCGGCGGGAAGGACGUCAAACAGCUUCCGCCUGUAGACUCGACGGCGGAUUCGAAUUCUCCAGCGAGAAAAGAGCUCCAGUCAAUAAAAGAUAAACUUGCAGACACCCAGCCCGUUGGCUCCCUGAUAACCCUAGCCAAGACGGUCGAUCAAGCAAAGGCCCUCCUUACAUUCGUCGAUGCAAUCGCGGAGAAAACACUGCGCAGCACGGUCACCCUGACCGCAGCGCGUGGUCGUGGAAAGUCUGCCGCCCUCGGUGUUGCGAUUGCGGCAGCCAUUGCACAUGGCUACAGCAAUAUAUUCAUUACCUCACCCAGUCCGGAGAACUUGAAGACUCUCUUCGAAUUCGUUUUCAAGGGAUUUGACGCAUUGGGUUACCUGGACCACGUCGACUACACCAUCCUUCAGUCUACAAAUCCUGCUUUUAAUAAAGCCAUUGUGCGUGUUAAUGUACAUCGACAACAUCGGCAGACCAUACAAUACAUCCAACCACAGGAUGCCUUUGCCUUGGGUCAAGCUGAAUUGCUGGUCAUUGACGAGGCUGCAGCUAUCCCGCUGCCGCUCGUUAGGAAGUUGAUGGGCCCAUAUCUCGUUUUUAUGGCGUCUACUAUCAACGGAUACGAAGGUACCGGGAGAUCCUUGUCUCUCAAGCUCAUCCAGCAGCUACGCGAACAAUCCAGAGGAGGGAUGAAAUCCGCCAACGACGAUACCGAUAUUGCAGAUCGAUCAACUGGGAAGUCGGUGAAGAAGUCAGAAAGCCAGAACAUUGGCGGCAGGUCCCUAAGAGAAAUAACCCUAUCCGAACCUAUCAGAUAUGCCCAAGGGGAUGCCGUUGAGAAAUGGCUUAACAAGCUGCUUUGUCUCGAUGCAACAUUGCCGAGAUCCAAGAUGAACACGCAAGGCUGCCCGCAUCCGUCCCAAUGCGAACUGCUUUAUGUCAACCGAGAUACCCUAUUUUCCUUUCAUCCCGUUUCUGAAAAGUUUCUUCAGCAGAUGAUGGCGCUUUACGUAGCCAGCCAUUACAAAAACUCGCCUAAUGACCUUCAGCUAAUGAGUGACGCCCCCGCGCAUCAACUCUUUGUCCUUGUUCCACCGGUCGAGGAAAAUGCUUCCAAACUCCCAGAGCCUCUCUGUGUUAUUCAGGUUGCUCUUGAAGGUCAAAUAAGCAAGCAAAGCGUGCUCAAUGGCCUUGGCCGAGGCCAGAGAGCUGGUGGAGACCUUAUUCCAUGGCUUGUAAGCCAGCAAUUCCAAGACGAAGAAUUUGCGGGAUUGUCUGGUGCUAGAGUUGUCCGCAUAGCCACAAAUCCCGAUUACCUUAAUAUGGGAUAUGGAUCUCGCGCCCUCGAGCUACUAGUUGAUUUCUACGAAGGCAAAUUCGCUAGUUUAUCCGAAGAUGAUGACCUGCCCUCCGACGAGAUGGUUAGAGUCACGGAUGCUGAAUUAGAAAAUGCCAACCUCCUGGACGAUAAUAUUCAUGUCAGGGAUAUCCGAUCCAUGCCACCACUAUUUGGAAAACUGUCCGAAAGAAAACCGGAUUCACUUGACUACGUUGGUGUCAGCUACGGAUUGACUGGGCCUCUUCACAAGUUCUGGAAACGGGCCAGGUUCGCCCCAGUGUACCUCAGACAAACACCAAACGACCUCACCGGGGAGCACUCCUGUGUUAUGCUUCGAACGUUAUCAACAGGCGCAAACGAUACUUCCUGGCUCGGUGCCUAUGUCAGCGAUUUCCACAAACGCUUUCUAUCCCUCCUAUCCUAUCAGUUCCGCGAUUUCACAUCCGUCCUCUCCCUCAGCAUCGGCGAGUCAGCCAACGCGAUCUCUAAAGUCGACCCAUCCACCAAAGUCGUUCCUCUUACCAAAUCGGACCUAGACGCCUCUUUUUCCCCCUUCGACCUCAAGCGACUUGACAGCUAUGCAAACAAUCUCCUUGAUUAUCACGUUAUUCUCGACAUGGUCCCGACCAUCGCAUCCUUCUACUUCUCUGGCCGACUAUCUCCUUCCGUCAAUCUCUCCGGUGUCCAACAGUCGAUUCUUUUAGCUAUUGGUCUGCAGCGUAAGACCUUUGAUGAUGUCGAGAAGGAAUUGAACGUCGCAGCAUCCCAACUGAUGGCCAUGUUCAUCAAAAUCAUCAGAAAAGUAUCCACCCACUUCCGCUCACUGGUCGAAGGCGCCGUUGCAGAAUCCUUGCCCCCAGCAGAUGUUGGCGUGGCUCCAAAGGAUGCCACAGGCGUGCAUGAUGACGAAAUUAUCGACCAACGAUUCAAACCUCUUGACGUGGAACUAGACCAAGAACUCAAAGAAGGUGGUCAAGAAAUCGAUAAGGAGUUGAGAGAAAAGCAGCGCGCACUUAUUGAUGCGCUGCCCUUGGAUCAAUACGAAAUCGACAAUGGCGCUGCGGCUUGGGACGAUGCGGAAAAACAAAUUCGUGCUUCAGUAGGGAAGAACGGAAACGUUCCUACGGUGAGCGUAAAGUCUUCGAAGCCAGCGAAGCGCAAGGCGGGCGAGACGGCAAGGGAAAUAUACGAGAAAGAGAUUGGCAGUAAGGAGCGGAAGAAAAUUAAACGGGGUACAGAAGGAAGACGGAAAUGA